AUGGCUACUGCUACAAUCGUUCAAGUCAAUUCUGGUCUGCUAACUGCUGCAUUCUCAACAAUUAUGGGCAUGCCUUUGAGUACAGACGUUACCACAUCUGAUCAAGUUGAGAUGACCUUAAAGAAUGGAACAUUUCAAACUGACGUAAAGGCAAAUGCCAAGAUUGAAGAAAUUAAAGCACAUCUUCAUGAAUUAUUAGGAGUUCCACCUGAUGAACAACGACUUAUCUACAAUGGAAAGCAGUUAGAAGACGGUAAAAUCAUGUCGGAAUAUAAGAUAAGCGAUGAAUCUACACUUCACCUCGUAGCAAGAUUAAACACCACGAAGCCAGUUGUUCUAGAUCCUAGAAGCUUGGAUCCAUUACAUGAUUUUGACUUUACCUAUAUAAAUGAUGGUCACCUAACAUUUACGCGAGGUGGUGAACGAUAUGUUCGUCCAUGUGGUUUCAAACGAUUUGCUCUCAACGUAUCCGAUAAGUAUGAAAAUUUGCUAUGGAUAGGUUGUAAUAAUGGUAUGGGUGAAUGGCCUGUAUCAUAUCAUGGAACUGGUAAAUAUGAAAAGAAAAUGAUUGCAGAGGAUGGAUAUGUAUUAACACAAGGACAAGAAUUUCCGUUUACUCAGGGAGUCUAUUCGACUCCAGAUGUAUGUCUGGCAGAAAAGUAUGCGAAAAAAUUUACUUAUAACAAUGAGCAGUAUCUGGUUAUUUUUCAAAAUCGAGUAAAUCCUACGACUUUAAGAAAACUUCAAGCUACUGGACCGAGAAUUGGAGAUUAUUGGGUGAGUCCAAGUGAAGCAGAUGUGCGUCCAUAUGGUAUUUGCAUUCGAAAAGUAUAA